UCCGAUAUUAGUUUAGAUUCGACCAGCAUCUUAUAAGCAUCGCACUACGCGCUAAUGGGCCCGGGUCAAUUCAAUUGAACUGUGUUUAUUAUUUGUUUAUUAUUUUGCAUUUCUUUUUUAAAAAUAUCAUACAAAUUGUUGAAAUGCAAAUUGACUUUAAGAAUAAAAGUUCGAAUCGGUUGAGGUGAAAAUAAAUUUUAAAAAUUAAAUGAAAACACUUGCAUAAAGUCCAAGAAUCCUUUACUUGAUGAUACGGAUCUGUAAAUGUGUUGGACAGUGCAUUGUUUACAUAAAUAACUAGUGUGUCCUUGCCAGUGUUGCCGUUUGUCUGAGUUUCGCUUUAAUCGCACAUUUGAAUCCUACACAAAAAAUUGCUAUAUUUCUAAAUUAAGCCAAAAAAAUAUAAUUUGAUUUUACUUUAGUAGGUAAAAAUCUAUACAUAGUUAAAAUUUUGCCAUUUUUUAAAUUUUAAAUUUCCUCUAUUUUGAAAUCAAACUGUGUUUCCCGAAAAAUUAGAUGCGGAAAGCAACAAAGUGGUUUCCUUGAAUGGACUUACUCCAUAAAAAGGUCUUAAUUACCAACGAACUGGAUUCUACGUAGUUUCUAAAAACCCAUCUUUAUGUUUAUAUAUAUGUAGUUAACAUGCAUCGGCUCAGGAUUUUACACUCAAUUUCAAAAAUAGCAUUGCUUGCAACAAUUUGACGCAACUAAAAACAUAUCGUAUCGCAUUCCUGACACAUUUUCUUUACAAAAUUUUAUACAGCAUGGAUACAAAUACAACAGCUUCACUAAAACUAAAAAAAACAGAAGUUUCUAAUGCGAUGGAAACUUUAUCGGAACCACCUUUAUCGGCAGUUAUAAAAUCUAUUCGAGCCGUUAUUAUGGAAGAGCUGAUAGCUUUUGAAACGGCUGACAAUACAAAUACAAAGAUACCUAAAACUACUGCAUCACAACAUCAUGAAACUGGAUGGGCUUUAAUGGUAAACGAAUCCAACUACUCAAGUAUUACAUACUCUAGUACCUCACCAACUAUAUCAAAUGAAAGUAGCUGUUUGCAUACAUUUAGUGAUUGGAAAUUUAGUGAGAAUCAUCAAUGGAAAAAUGGAAAUUACUGCAACUGGACAUGGGAUCAAUUUUUAUGCUGGCCACCUACACCUGCUGGUGUAUUGGCACGAAUGCGAUGUCCUGCUGUUGGACAUGGAAUCGAUAUAACAAAAUUUGCAGAGCGGUUAUGCCUUAAAAAUGGAUUGUGGGCCAAUAAGCCACAUGAUACUGUUUUCAAUCCGCAUGGUUGGACAAACUAUACGCCUUGUUUUAAGCCUGAUGUGAUAGAUUUGAUGCAGCAACUUUACUCUGGAGGAAAUUCCGAAGUAAUUCAGAACAAAUUUGUUGUAGCUGAAAGAACGCGAACGUUGGAGAUCAUUGGCCUUAUGUUGUCGCUUUGUGCGCUGCUCCUGUCAUUAGUAAUAUUUUGUAAUUUUCGUAGUUUACGAAACAAUCGAACAAAAAUCCACAAAAAUUUAUUUGUGGCAAUGGUUAUACAAGUUAUUAUAAGACUGACAUUAUAUUUGGAUCAGGCCAUUAUAAGAGGCGGUCGAAAUUUGAAGGGUAAUUCUAGUCUGAAUGGAAUUGAAAAUACACCAUAUAUCUGCGAGGCAUCUUACGUCCUGCUGGAAUAUGCACGCACUGCAAUGUUUAUGUGGAUGUUCAUUGAAGGAUUAUACUUGCAUAACGUUGUAACUGCAACUGUUCUACAAGGACGUUUCCCUCAGACCGUUUAUGCUAUAAUUGGUUGGGGCACAUCAGUGGUUAUGACAGCUCUGUGGGCUGUUGUCACGGCUCACUACAAAUCAAACGAACCAUGUUGGUGGAACUACAAUCUAACACCGUACUAUUGGAUUUUGGAAGGUCCUCGACUAACAGUUAUAUUGUUCAAUUUUUUCUUUUUGCUGAAUAUAAUUAGAGUACUGGUCGUAAAGCUCCGCCAAAGUCAUACGAGUGACAUUGAGCAGGUUCGGAAAGCAGUACGGGCGGCAGCUGUAUUGCUGCCUUUGCUGGGAAUCACUAAUGUACUUCACAUCAUUCAAGCACCAAUAAACCGAAGUGCGUGGGAGUUUGCUCUAUGGUCAUAUGUAACACACUUUUUGACGUCAUUUCAAGGAUUCUUCAUUGCAACAAUUUACUGUUUCCUGAAUGGAGAGGUCCGAACGGCUUUAUUUAAAAGCAUAACUGUUUAUAUGUCAUCCCGUGGCCACCCGGACUGGGCACCACGUCGUACUUCAAUGUUUUCCGCCGGAUACAAUACUACCCCUGCUUCGGAUGGACACGUUCACACAUCAUCAAGGUACACUGACAAUAAAACCACUGGCAACAACAACAUCGCAAACAAUCAUAUCAAUUCUUCGUCACAUAGCUCACCCAUUAUCAUUCAUCAACAAGUCCAAAUUCGGAAUCGAAACCACCGUCAUCAAAAAGGCUGGAUACUAUCGUGGUGUUGUCGAAAAAACAAGAAAAUCGAACCUCAAGAAACUGCAGUGCCACCAGAAUCAGCUUUAUUUGAAUUGUCCGAGCAAUAAAUAUACCUCUCAUCUACUAUUUAUUUAUUUUUGUAUAGACUAAAAAUAAAACCAUAGUUAAAAUAGGAUUCUUAAAAAUAUUUCGAAUCCAACAAAAAUAUUACAAUUUUUUUUUUAGAUUUUUAUAAAUUGAUUGUACCUCUAGCACAAGAAAACUAAAUAUUAAGAUCUUUGUAAUCAAUUAUAGUAAAGUGAAAUAAAUAAAUGAUAAAAAUAUAUAUUUCGUUA